GCCACGCCCACCAACCGCAAGCUUGGCUUCAGCUACUGUGUGCCAAGAUGGCGACUUCCAUCCCCUUGUAUCUUCCACACCGCCGCGUUUAAAACUGAACAGGUUUUCCACUGUCCAGCCAAGAUUGCGCAAACGGGAACCGAGUCAUCGUCAAUGGCUGACAGACGUGUUUUCCUCUUGGUUGCUUGGUGCGGGGAGCCGGUGUCAAUGUCGACCUAAGGGUGGGCUGUCUUCACAGAGUAUGGCCACCGAGAACAGGAUCAAUUUUUGGAGGAAAAAUGCUAAGGUUCCAGGAAGUACACAUGUGGUCUUGUCCAGUGUGCAGCCUGUUUAUGGAGCGCAACAUCCUCCUCUUGACCCAUGUCUACGACGCUCGUAUCCCAAAGACACAAAGCUGAAGUUAAACAAUCUCAAGUCUAAAAAGAUCUCAAGCUUCCAUGAGUUUGCUCGGAGCACAAAUGAUGCUUGGGACAUUGAUGACGAUGAGGAGGAUGAUGAUUUUCUUGGUGGCCCCGCCCUGUGCUCCUCCCUGCCCUCGGGAGUGCACUCUACAUUCACCCAGAAGCAGAAGCAAGAUGCGGCUGGUGCCCCACAAAGUGGGAUGUCACACACAAAAGAGGAGGACACCGAGCACGAGCUUGUGAACAGCAAGGUGGUGAAGUCAAACAGCGAGAUCCACCUCAGUACAUCCUCAGUUCGCUCCACACUCCAGAAGCAGCAGUCUCUUCCGAUUCGACCCAUCAUCCCUCUGGUGGCUCGCAUUUCAGACCAGAAUGCAUCAGGAGCUCCUCCCAUGACCGUGCGGGAAAAGAGCCGGCUGGACAAAUUCAAGCAACUGCUGGCUAGUGCCAACACUGACCUUGAGGAGCUGCGAAAGCACAGCUGGUCAGGCAUACCGAGGGAAGUCCGUCCAAUCACAUGGAGGCUCCUCUCCGGUUACCUGCCAGCCAACAAGGAGCGCAGGGAGCUUGUGCUGAAGAGAAAGCGUGAGGAAUACUUUGGCUUCAUCGUGCAAUAUUACCACUCCAGAACAGAUGAGCACUACAAAGACACAUACCGACAGAUUCACAUUGACAUUCCAAGGACCAACCCUCUGAUUCCAUUAUUCCAGCAGCCUGUAGUGCAAGAGGUAUUUGAACGCAUCCUCUUCAUCUGGGCUAUUCGACACCCGGCCAGUGGCUACGUCCAGGGGAUCAAUGAUCUUGUCACACCCUUUUUUGUGGUCUUCCUGUCUGAGUUUGUCAUGGAGGACAUGGAAAACUUUGAAGUGGCUGCCCUGUCUCUUGACAUUCAGAGAAACAUUGAGGCUGACAGCUUCUGGUGUAUGAGCAAACUACUGGACGGGAUACAGGACAAUUACACCUUUGCUCAGCCAGGAAUCCAGAACAAAGUCAAAGCUCUAGAGGAGCUGGUCAGUCGGAUCGACGAGGACAUUCACAAUCAUUUCAAAAAGUAUGAGGUGGAAUAUCUACAGUUUGCCUUCCGGUGGAUGAACAAUCUGUUGAUGAGGGAGCUACCACUGCGCUGCACAAUCCGCCUGUGGGAUACUUACCAGGCUGAAGCAGAAGGGUUCUCCCACUUUCACCUGUAUGUCUGUGCUGCUUUCCUCAUUGAGUGGCGUAAAGAAAUACUCUCCAUGGUUGAUUUUCAGGGCCUACUUAUACUAUUGCAGAACCUUCCCACAAUCCACUGGGGUAACGAAGAGGUUGGCCUUCUUCUGGCUGAAGCGUACAGACUGAAGUACAUGUUUGCAGAUGCGCCUAGCCACUACAAGAGAUAGGCUUCCUCUGUACAGAGCACACAGUACUUGUCUGUGAGCCUUCUGAUCAGCCCACAAAAACAGUCCUGACAAACUGACUCCUCAUGGUGAAGGUCACACUUGGACUCGAUGGUGAAUACGAAAUGAUGUUGCCAUUCUUCUUUGCAAUUUAACACUGGACUGUUACAGUAUAUAAGCACACACACCUGUCAUCUUACUCCAUUCAUGGAGCUCUUGAUUGUUUCUCUUGUUUAUGUUUUCAGAACAUUUUAAUUUUAAAGGAUGGUGAAUGUAUUUUGUGUCAUCAUUUUAAGAUGGUGUACAAAUUAUAUUUUUACUGAUUUUUUUUAAGUUAUCGUUUUAAUAAGUACUAAAUAUUAGCUGUGAGCUAGAAAACUAGGACCGUGAAGUCUAAUACAUCAGAGUACCAGUAGUUAAACACUGUAAAGAGUUUUAAAAUAGCAUAAUACCCCUGUCACUCCAAACUUUUCUUUUGAGAUAAGUUUUAUAAGCGGAAUAGAAAAUCGAUGAAUGGACGGUUACAAUUAUCUGCAAUGCACAAUCGGCUAAUUAAAGAAAGAGGAAUCUCAAGAUUGGUAAAUUUUGGAAUUAUGUACUUUGUGUAAUUGCAUUUACACGUAUACAAGCUAAGAGAAGCGGACUAUUUUAUUUUUUUUAAUACCUGUAGGUGGUUAACUUGUGAUUGUUAGGACCUCCUACUGCCUGAAGGAAAAUGGAGACCAAAGGGCUAAUGUAGCUUUAGCACUUAUGUUUUAGUUGGUCUUUAUGAUUGAUUACAACGUUGGUUUCAAAUUGUCAAUUUUGAUAUUUCAGUUGUGGUCAUUAAACUACAACAUAUGGUUCCCAAACUCAAAUAGGCCUACAGUAUUAUACUGGAAUGUCAGAUCCUAGAAUUUUUGAGUUUCAAGCCACAGAGAUAUCAUUGCUCAUGUUUACAUUGUUUUGGUCCCUUAGUAAAUAUUUGCCAAACAUCUCUGUGGGAACAGCAGUACAUCCAUGCAUAUACUGACAGUUUCCAACUGUAUUAGAUCACAUGACUUCCUAUACAACCCUUGGCACAAAUUAAGGAAUCACCCGUCCUGGUGGACAAGCAAAUCAGUCAUUAAUUUAGUACAAAAAAAGCUAUUCAUGGAUGUUCCGCAAAACAAAUGUUCUGUAACCGCCCACCCCCCACGCACACACUUGCCAUUUAAAAACAAAAAAUCCUGACUGAGUACAACUUUCUUUAAACCUGAAGUGUGGCAUUUUGAGUACAAAUUGUUUUGCGAAACAUUCGUGAUAGGUCUUCAAAAUUAAACAUACAAAUAAUCGUCAUCCAGGAGCAGUGGUUUCAUAAUUUUUGCCAGGAUUUCUGCAUUAGCCCUGUUGGCUUUUGAGAUCAGGGCACAUGUUUAAGUAAUUUAGUUGAUCGUACUAAAGAGUACUGUGAGUAUUUCAAUUUAAUUUUGUCAAAGUACAGUCCUAUUGUACUUGAAUUAAGUCUGUGUAAGCAGUGUAACGCUGCUCCGAAUAUGUGACGCCGUAAUGUACUGUACUCCUGUUGUUUAUGGUGUUUCAAAAAUGCCUUGUCAUCAGUCCUGCUGCUGCUUUCUUUUCAUUUGGGCCAGGUGUUUCUUGUAUCUGCUUUUCAAAAUAAUCCAGGAGAUUUGGGAAUGAAUGUAAAUUGUUUGGUCGUUUUUCACAUUUUCAUUGCAGAAGAUAAUUCUUACAGCAAAUUUUAAUUUGAUUUAACAGCUUCAAGCCUUUGGGACAUUAAUCUCUUAAAUUUGGAUUUUGUUUCAACUAAAAAGUUGAGCAAGUAAAUAGUGGUGAUGGAUUUAUUUUCUUUUUGUUUUGCUUCAUUUUUGUCAAUGCAAAAAAAUUAAUCCCUACCAAUGAAUCUUAUUCAUUCAGGUACGCCCUCCCCAACCCCCGUCAUGCCUCCCUUCAAGGGAGUUAAUAGUUAUCAUUCCAUGAUUUAUUUUUCUUAUUUUUGUCUUUAUGAGGUGUUAUUGUCUUGUCUACUUGCUGACCAAAUCAACAUGUGUUCAUGAAUGUCUGUUUCUGUUUCAAUCAAUGCCAAAUCUUUAGUUGCAGGUGAAUUCGCUGACUUUUACUUAAACCUUAAAAGACCAAUUUAAUUAUUGCAGUAUUUGCUGUAGUGUCCCUUGUUUAUAUUAAACGAUUGAUUUUAAUUUCG